UAUGGAUGAUAAGUACAGAUAAUGCAUUUUUUUUUUUUUAAUAUUUUCAAAAUCAUCAUAAUAAUUGAUAACAUUUAUAUACUACUACUACUACUACUACUACUACUACUACUACAGACUUCACGAGCUGUCUAGAUGUUUGCUGGCCUUUUGUAAAUAGUUAAUGUAAGGUCGUGUGAGUUUCCAUGCUCUUCUGAACACCCAGUAUUUAGGUCUAACAACUAUUUUUGUUUUCUUAUUUCAGCUAUCUAGGCUCACUGAUGGAAAGGAGUGACGAGUGGGCGAUAACGUUCAGGGCAGGUGCGGUGCUACGUGGACAUCACACCAACAACUUCUGUGAGGCAACAAUGUGCAUCAUUAAGGAAGUCGUUCUUAAUAGAUGCAAGGCAUACAACGCAACGCAGCUGAUCAUUUUCAUGGCCGAAAUCUUUGACAGCUACAUGAAGAAGAGGCUGGUGGACGUUGCGCUUGGCAGACGGAGAGUGAAAUCAUUAAGCACGGCUACACUGCCUCUAGAAAUGGUUACUUUCCAAGGUAACGGAAAGUACAGAGUCCAGAGCCAGUCUACUCCAUCCCUUCAGUACGACGUAGAUCUUGUGACUGGAUUUUGUGAGUGUACUGCAGGGGAAAAUGGUUCCUUGUGUAAACAUCAAGCUGCCUGUGCAGACUACAGCAUGACGGUCCUGCCCCAAGUCUUCACUGCCACUACUGAAAACAGACGGUGGCUGGCGUCAGUGGCAGUAGGCGACGAGAAAGUUCCACCCGAAGGCUUUUUUAGAGGACUGUUGGAGCCAACAUUAGAAAAAGAAGAAACUGCCUGUGCUUCUCCUGUUCAGGAAUCCCAGGAAAGCACAGAGAUCCAGCUAAUGCCUCCUGAAGUGAACGUCGAGAAUCAAGAUGAAAAUCCGCACCAGUCUCCAGAUGUUGGCGAGUUUGUAGCUACAUUCCAAAAUGUGGUCGAAAAAUAUGCCAACAGUGACACUGCGGCAGCCCUCAGUACUGCUGUGAGACGGUUAAAGACUGUGAAAAGUGGGAAUCAGCUGAACAGCAUACUGCAGACCUUUGGAAGUGGCCUUUGCAAUAAGGGAGCUGGCAGAGGAAAAAUUCGAUGCCAGCCAACAUCUAUCGCAAGAAGAGGGCCAGGAAAACCCAGAGGUGCAGCCCCUCUUGGUAAGGGACGACGACCGAGCCACUUACCAAACCCAAAACCAAAACGACCGCGAAAUUUGUCCCAAAAUAUUGCGCAGAACGUGGCUAAUGCUAAGUCACACGGGAGUGGCCACUAGGAUAGGGAGUAUUGUACAUGCAUUGAAAUAAAAUUUUUGAGCGUCGGUUACAGAUUUCUGUGGUAUUUGUAAAUAUAAAGAAGGUUUGCCCGUUUUUCUAAGCUUAAGAUGAAAUUGACCGCAUGAGGAAAACUGAUGAACAUUUAGAGGAGAGAGUAGAGUGUUAUUUAUUGUUAAUACAUUUUACAUAACUAAUCAUAUAUACAAUAAAGAGAGAAAGAAUAAAAGUAGUGUAUGAAUAAAUCCUGAAAUAAUAAAACUUAAGCUGAGAGAGAAAUUCUAUAUAGUCAGACUAAGAAUUGCAUAUAUAAUGUGAAAGCUUAUGUUUAUUUAAGCUGAGCAUAGAAUCUCACAGUUUUCUUAGUUAUCCAUAAAAGCAUCGUUUUCUGCGUCUUGGGGCCAUUAUGGAUACUGAGUAUGAUGACAUGACUCUACGGCCUUUUUCAACCACUUUUAACCCAAUGGUGCCGAACAAUAAUACAGUUCGGGUUUAUGCGCCCC